CCCAAGAAAAUAUUAUUAACAACAAGAUUGAUCAGACUCUUGUGAAUCGAUCGAUCCAUCGACUGGAAUUUCCUCCGAUGUUGUGUUAAUUUAAUCGAUUACUCACUGUUGUUGUUUAACAGGGGAUUUUGAGUGUGGGUUUUGAUGCGAACCGACUGGUUUAUUGAUUUGAUUGUUGGGUAUUCAGGUUGAUGCAACUUUGACUUUGAUCAUUUUGAGUGGGUAACCAAAAAAGUCACAGGUGAACAAUUCUUGUGGAUGUAAUCGUGUAGUUGGUUUUUGAGGCUUGUUUUGAUAUUGGCAUCCCAUGUUUUCUCCACUUCAUCAUUUGCUGGAGCGUCUAGAUGGGUGUUUCUGCUUUGGGGCUACAGCGUAAAAACCAAACAAGCAAGGUGCCACUACUAAUGGAGAGAACAGAAAGCCAUACUGAAUCUGAGCAUGUGAUUGAUAUAAGCAAUAGUAAUGAAGCUUCCUCAUCUAGCUCAACCCUUGCUAGACCAGUCAGUGGGUCAAAUGUACGACAGAACGAAGAUCUGCUUUCAACUAACGUGCAAGCUCCCGUCUUUCAGCAUUCUUUUUCUACUACCAAUGGAACAAAUUCAAGGAAUACAUCAUUUGCUAGGAGAGGGAAUGGCCAUGGCCGACGUAGGAGCCCAUUGAAUUCUGGUUAUUGGAUAUCUGUUGAACUGGUUAUUACCGUGAGCCAAAUUAUAGCAGCCAUUGUUGUUUUGUCUUUGUCAAGGCACGAGCAUCCUCAUGCUCCAUUGUUCACAUGGGUUAUCGGUUAUGCUUCAGGAUGUGUUGUAACACUCCCUCUUCUCUUUUGGCGUUUCCAUAAUCGCAAUUAUGGUUCAAAUCAAGAACCAUCGCAGGCUCGUCAAAGCUCUACUCCCGGCAGCCUGUCUGCUAUUGCGAGUUCUUUCACUUCGCCUUCAAAUGGAAGGAUUUCGGAAGGGGACACUCGCAACACUACUGGUACAUCGUCAAGACGUUUUACAUUGGGAUCACUGGGUGCAAGAAUCAAGGUACUUGCUGAAUACUUCAAGAUGGGAUUGGAUUGCUUCUUUGCAGUCUGGUUCGUGGUCGGAAAUGUGUGGAUCUUUGGAGGUCACUCUUCUUCUUCUGAUGCUCCCAACUUGUACAGGUUAUGUAUAGUGUUUCUUACCUUUAGUUGCAUCGGAUAUGCAAUGCCAUUCAUCUUGUGCACCACAAUCUGCUGCUGCCUCCCUUGUAUAAUUUCGGUCCUGGGCUUCAGAGAGGAUCUUGCACAAAAUAGAGGAGCCACUACAGAAUCAAUUAAUUCUCUUCCUACCUACAAGUUCAAGAAAAAUAAGCACACAAAUGAUAAAGAAACCAACCUGGGUACUUGUGAAGGUGGGGUGGUGGCUGCCGGAACUGAAAAGGAGCGUGUCAUAUCAGGAGAAGAUGCGGUCUGCUGCAUAUGCUUGGCUAAGUACGCAAACGAUGAUGAACUCAGGGAAUUGCCUUGUUCUCACUUCUUUCACACAGAUUGCGUGGACAAGUGGCUGAAGAUCAAUGCUUCAUGCCCACUUUGCAAGACCGAAGUUGGUGAGACCAUUUUAAGUUCACUAACCGAAGCAACUGCCAGCCUGCGACGAAGCGCUGUGUAUUAGCUUCCGCAAAAACCUUUCUAAAAUGUCUUGGGUAUGUUAAUAUCGAAAACAGGCUAUCUUGAAGAGUGUUAUUUGAUAAGUGAAUAGAUGCCCCAAAAGUCUAUUAUAUCCUUAUUGGUAUUGUUUGCUUUUGGGCUAUCAUGAGCUUAUUUUGGUAGAAAGUAGACAUCAUGUGGUUUUAAGUGAUUAGCAUUUCGAACCAUUUGUGUUUGAUGCUAUGGUUCGGGCUAGGACUAGCCCGACUAAGUUGGGUCUGCAAAAAGUCUGGUCAAGACUUGUACGCCCUGGUGGUCCAAAGAAUUGGACGAACCACAUGGUUAGGUUAGGAUGGUCACCGGUCGAAACUUGAAACUGAUGAGUUAUAAUAAAAUAUGUGAUCACGUUGUAAAUGA